UUGUUGAGACGAUACACCACCUUUCUCUCUCUCUCUCUCUCUCUCUCUCUCUCUAGAUAAAAGAAAAAAAUACUCCUAGAUGGGGAAAGCGCCGGAAGAAGAGCACCCGGUGAAGGCGUUGGGAUGGGCAGCCACUGACCCCUCCGGAGUCCUCUCUCCGUUCAAGUUUUCCAGAAGGGCCACCGGCGAUGAGGAUGUGAGGUUCAAGAUUUUGUAUUGCGGGAUCUGCCACUCUGAUCUCCACUUGGCAAAGAAUGAAUGGGGCAUGUCUAGAUAUCCCCUCCUUCCUGGGCAUGAGAUCACGGGAGUGGUGACCGAGGUUGGAAGCAAGGUACAAAAGUACAAAGUCGGAGACAGAGUCGGGGUGGGAUGCUUGGUCGGAGCCUGUCACACGUGCGACAACUGCGAGAACAACGUCGAAAACUACUGUCCCCAACAGAUACAGACCUACAAUUCGCAAAACACCGACGGAACCAUGACAUACGGGGGUUAUUCCGACCACAUGGUCGCUAACGAGCGUUACAUUGUUCGGAUCCCUGACAAUCUGCCUCUUGAUGCCGCUGCUCCCCUCCUCUGUGCUGGCAUCACAACUUACAGCCCGUUGAGGUAUUUUGGGCUUGAUAAGCCGGGCAUGAGAGUGGGUGUGGUCGGCCUAGGUGGGUUGGGCCAUGUGGCUGUCAAACUUGCCAAGGCCUUCGGGACAAUCGUGACCGUGAUCAGUACCUCCCCUCGUAAGAAGCAGGAGGCUAUUGAAGUACUUGGCGCCGAUUCGUUUUUGGUCAGCACUAAUCCGGAGGAAAUGCAGGCUGCUAUGGGCACUUUGGAUGGAAUCAUCGACACAGUCUCUGCAGCUCAUGCUCUGGUACCAUUGCUUUUUCUUUUGAAGAACAAUGGGAAGAUCGUAAUGGUUGGUGCACCGGUGAAGCCACUCGAGUUACCGGUCUUCCCUUUGAUUAUCGGGAGGAGGAUGGUGGCCGGAAGUUGCAUCGGUGGUCUGAAGGAGACGCAAGAGAUGAUUGAUUUUGCAGGGAAACACAACAUAACUCCGCAAAUCGAGGUUGUUCCGAUGGACUACGUGAACACGGCUAUGGAGCGUCUCGCCAAAGGGGAUGUUAAGUACCGAUUCGUCCUUGACGUUGCCAACACGCUGAAAGCUUCUUAAGACUUGUUAUAGCCUUUUGUUUCCAAAAUUUGAUUUUGCCAGUCGGUUUGAUUUGGUCAUGUUUAAGCGACAAUUGGGUGGUUUGAUGCCCUAUAAGUUUUUUUUCCGUGUCUUUUCGAUUUCGUGUCAUAGUAAUUAUCCCGGUGUAGUUUGUUCGUUUGUCUCGAUUAAAUAAAACUGGUUUUUCACUUGAAA